AUGACAUUCAACAAAUUCAUUGUGCUGAUGAAUGGCAAGACCUGGAUGAGGAAUAAAUGCCUUCCCACUGGGGAUAUAAUUAUCACCAGUCUGUGCCUGUCCAGGUGGAUGCUCCAGUGUCUGGUUUUCACCUUUCGCUGUUUGUUUCUGGAAGUACAUUUAGGUUCCUUCAACAAAUUAUUUAACCUGAUCAGAAUUUUCCUGAAUUAUGUCUCCAUCUGGUUGGCCAGUCUGCUCUGUGUGUAUUACUGUAUGAAGAUUACCAACUACAAGAAUGUUGUGUUCCUCUAUCUCAAGACUAAGAUGUCAAAGUUAGUGAUGUGGUGUCUUGGACUGUGUGUGUUUUUUUCUUUCGUAUUUAUUCUGCCUUUUGCUUGGCAAUUCUUCUUUUCCCAAUAUCAAGCUGUUCCCACUGAUGUUUUUCAAAAUAUGUCAAAGAGACCUAAUGGAAGAUACUCUACAUAUUUGAUAGGGUCCACACCACCUCUUAUUAUAUUUAGCAUUGCAUUCUUCUUGACUGUUCCAUCUCUUUGGAGGCACAUCAAAAAUAUAAGCGGGGUUGGGUCAAGUUUUAGAAAUCCAGAUAUGCAGACUCAUUUCAAUGCCAUAAAAAGUAUGACCACCUUCUUUGUGUUUCAUAUCUUGUUUAUUAUAUUUGUUAAUAUUGAUUUCUCUGGUGUGCUAGAAAUUGGAAGCCCAAUUAGACCUAUGAUGGCAAUAGUUGUUGCGCUCUAUCCAUGCCUGCAUUCUGGAGUCAUCAUCUUCUACAACAGGAAACUCCGAGAAGGAUUUUUGUUCUCAAUAACCUAUGUACUCAACUUUUUUCAGAAGAAGGCAGUGACUGAUCCCUGA